GGCCCGGCCUGCAGCCUGUCCCCUCCUUGCGGCAACCCCAAAGGAAAGAAAUCGGUGAACAAGGACAGCCUGGAGUACCGCCUGCGCCGUGAACGCAACAACAUUGCGGUGCGCAAGAGCCGCGACAAGGCCAAGCGCAGAGUGAUGGAGACGCAGCAGCGCAUGGUGGAACUGCUGGGGGAGAACGAGCGGCUGCGCACCCGGGUAGAACAACUGAUGCAGGAAACCGAGACGCUGCGAGAUAUUUUCCGCCAGGUGCCCGAAGCUGCUGGCUUGAUCAAGGGCCUCGGGGGUUGCAGCUGA